AUGAAGCUCGACCCCUCUGCGACGGGUCUGUCGCUCGUCGCAGAGGUCGCAGCGUUCCUCGUGCGACUAGACGACGCUGAUUUUGCGUCGUCAUCUUCGUCGUCGUCGUCGCAGGCUUCGAAGAGCUCUGACAACGAUCAUGACGGCGACGCGGCGCGGUUAGAAGUCACGCGGGAAGUGCGCGAGCAGCUCGAGGCCGCGUGGAAUCUCAGCCCCAGCGACGCCGGGCGCGGCGCCAGGCGGAAACUUGUCAAGGGACGGCGGUUUUUGUCCGCUUCUGCGACGAAGCUGCCAACAGGGGUGGUGGCGGAGGUGGAAACCGAUGUGGGCGGAAGCGUGGCGGAAAUGGAUCCUGCAGCGCGGAAGCGGGCGAUGCGGAGGAGGUUGCGCGCAGCCGCGCUCGCGAUGGGCUUGCGGAUGAGCGGAAACGCGCUGGGAAUGGUGGAAUAUGGGCAGGCGGAAGCGGAAGGGGAAGUGGCAGAGGCGGAAGCCGCUUCAGCUUCCCCGCGCGUGCAGGGAAGUGGCGGAGCGAGAAGAGGUUCCGCGGGAUGGGGAGCGGCUAAGGGGAUCACGAUGAGCGAGGAGGAGGUGUAUGCACUGAUUCGUGACUAUGGCGGGGGUGAUACAGCGAUGAACGAGCUUGAAGAGCGAGCUAAGAUCGGUGCGACCUCAGCCAGGCCUGGGGACUCUGAUUCAGAGGCAGCAACCUCAGUUGCUCGUGAGGUGACUGCAGAGGGGGAAGCAGAUGGGGAAGCAGAAGCAGAUGGGGAAGCAGAAGCAGAUGGGGAAGCAGAAGCAGAUGGGGAAGCAGAAGCAGAUGGGGAAGCAGAAGCAGAUGGGGAAGCAGAAGCAGAUGGGGAAGCAGAAGCAGAUGGGGAAGCAGAAGCAGAUGGGGAAGCAGAAGCAGAUGGGGAAGCAGAAGCAGAUGGGGAAGCAGAAGCAGAUGGGGAAGCAGAAGCAGAUGGGGAAGCAGAAGCAGAUGGGGAAGCAGAAGCAGAUGGGGAAGCAGAAGCAGAUGGGGAAGCAGAAGCAGAUGGGGAAGCAGAAGCAGAUGGGGAAGCAGAAGCAGAUGGGGAAGCAGAAGCAGAUGGGGAAGCAGAAGCAGAUGGGGAAGCAGAAGCAGAUGGGGAAGCAGAAGCAGAUGGGGAAGCAGAAGCAGAUGGGGAAGCAGAAGCAGAUGGGGAAGCAGAAGCAGAUGGGGAAGCAGAAGCAGAUGGGGAAGCAGAAGCAGAUGGGGAAGCAGAAGCAGAUGGGGAAGCAGAAGCAGAUGGGGAAGCAGAAGCAGAUGGGGAAGCAGAAGCAGAUGGGGAAGCAGAAGCAGAUGGGGAAGCAGAAGCAGAUGGGGAAGCAGAAGCAGAUGGGGAAGCAGAAGCAGAUGGGGAAGCAGAAGCAGAUGGGGAAGCAGAAGCAGAUGGGGAAGCAGAAGCAGAUGGGGAAGCAGAAGCAGAUGGGGAAGCAGAAGCAGAUGGGGAAGCAGAAGCAGAUGGGGAAGCAGAAGCAGAUGGGGAAGCAGAAGCAGAUGGGGAAGCAGAAGCAGAUGGGGAAGCAGAAGCAGAUGGGGAAGCAGAAGCAGAUGGGGAAGCAGAAGCAGAUGGGGAAGCAGAAGCAGAUGGGGAAGCAGAAGCAGAUGGGGAAGCAGAAGCAGAUGGGGAAGCAGAAGCAGAUGGGGAAGCAGAAGCAGAUGGGGAAGCAGAAGCAGAUGGGGAAGCAGAAGCAGAUGGGGAAGCAGAAGCAGAUGGGGAAGCAGAAGCAGAUGGGGAAGCAGAAGCAGAUGGGGAAGCAGAAGCAGAUGGGGAAGCAGAAGCAGAUGGGGAAGCAGAAGCAGAUGGGGAAGCAGAAGCAGAUGGGGAAGCAGAAGCAGAUGGGGAAGCAAGCAUUGCACGUGCGGAACAGAAGCAGGAGAAGCGGCAUGUGCUGUCGCAUGCGGAGUGGGCAGCUCUCUGCCAUCUGACUCCCAAGCAGCUGCACCGACAACUGCUGGCAGCCCAGGCUGCACGAACCAAGCUCGUUCUGGUGAGUGCUGCAGAAUGGGAAUGGAGGGAUUUCACCCACCCCUCUUCCACAAUCCGCCAUCAGCAGAAUCUGCGUCUCGUGCUCUCAGUCGCCCACUCCUUCCGCCUCUCCACGGACCACCAGAGCCGACUUCAUAGGACUCACAACCUUCGUCUCGUGCUCUCCAUCGCCCACUCCUUCCGCCUCACCACGGGAGCCGACUUCAUCGCUGUCUGCCAGCGCGGCCUAGAGGGGCUCACCACAGCUGCCCGCCGCUUUGACCCCGCCAGAAAGCUGCGCUUCUCCACCUUCGCCACGCAUGCUGUCAGGACAGCGAUUAUCCGUGCCAUCCCCUCGACCCAGUUUGUCCGCAUGCCGGCUAGGAGCUCCAUGACUCUCAUUUCGGUGCGUAAGGCAAGAGCAACAGUGGAGAACCGGCUGGGCCGUAAGGCCACUGUAGCAGAGGUGGCAGCAGAGGCCGGCCUCUCUGCCGCCCAGUGCCGUGCCGCCCUUGCCGCCCCUCUCGUCACCCGCCCCGUCUCCCUGCACGCCGCGUCGCGGGUCACAGGGCUUGCACUGGAGGACACUAUAGCGAGUACGGAUGGUGGUGAGGGUGGCUUGGUUGCCACAGGCCCUGCCACUACCAGUGCUACUCUUUCUGCAUCAACUGCUGCUGCAACUGCUGCUGGUGUUGGUGCUGCUGGUGCUGCUGCAACCGCUGCAACUGCUGCUGUUGGUGGUGCCAGUGGUGAUGGCGGUGUGGGGAGCAGCAUGAGUGCACAGGGAGGCGCGCUAGGGCACACACGAGCAGCCCUUGUUGCCGUGCUUGACACGCUACACCCGCACGAGGCCACCGUGCUGAGGUGGCGCUUCGGGCUGGGCGGCAAGGACGGCGAGGGCGUGGGGGAGGUGUUAACCCUUCGGCAGAUAGCAGCCAAGAUGGGUCUGUCAUAUGAGAUGGUUCGGCGGUACGAGGCACGGGGACUGCUGAAGCUGCAGGUGCCGGCACGAGCCCAGGCGCUGCAGGAGAGUCUUCAGGGGGAUUUGUGA